AUGGCGGGAGGCAACGCCGAGAAGGGACAACGCUACAUCGCUUCAUUGGACCAGGCGCGGGCUCAGGGUAAAUGGCAGGAUGUGCCCGAAUUGAUUCGCAAGGUGACCAAGCAUGCACCGCAACGGACGUGUGUCAUUCAAACCGCGACAGCAGAAUCCCGAGUCGUUGCAUAUCUCCAGAAGAAAACAUCCUCCGAGUCGAGCGAGACGCCUAAUUUGCCCGAACUCAUCCCCGCCCUCCUGACAACCAUUGAGAAUAAUGACGGUUCCCCGCAAGAGAUCUUUCAGGCACAGGUCUGCUUGGGAUGGAUCCAUUGGACCUUGAACGAACCAGGGCUGGCAGCCGCACGUCUGCCCAAGGACCUGGCCGCGACAUUAGAGGCGCUCACAAAUGAGGGCAAGGGUCUGUCUACCUGGACCGAAGUCUGUCUUGUCAAGGGAUGCUUUAUAAAAGGAAUGGCACAGUUUACUGUGACUGGAAUUGACGAGACCUUGGAGACCUUCGCUUCCCUCAUACCAUGGCUAGGUAGCUUGCACCUGGACGCGGGUGCCAACCCCCAGUUUCUGAACUGGACUGAGGCAUUGCUUUCAAAGGGUGCUGUUAUGGCUAGCGAUGAAGCCGUGAGCACGACCCCGUACUCUGAUCCAAGGCACGUGGAGAUUGCUCUCCGGAUGUUUCGGUUGUGGGCUAGUCUCCCCACGCCCAAGGGCAUUUAUGAGGAUCCGGCUGCUGACUUAGUCCCCCGCAAAUCCAUGUAUCAAUCAUAUUAUGCGUUCCUUACAAUUGUGCUCCAAGACGAUCUCAUCUACACGGCGCCCAACGAUGGCCCGGAUCGCCCCCAGCUGGCCAGCGAACUACGCCGUGUCGAGUCCAUCUGCGAAAACCAGCUCCUGCGCGAAGUCAAAUUCCCUACAGCCAGUUCCAACAACUUUCAAGUCGAAGCAUGGGUGGAGCAAGUCAUCUUAAACUGGCAGGUUCUCUGUGGCCCCCACUGGCAAGACUCAGAUCUUGGUGAAGGUGGCCAGAAUGCUGUCGGGCGCAAUGUUUUGGACAUUCUAUAUCGAGCUGCCACCAAGACUUAUCAUUCACAUCUGAUCCUGCGGCGUUUGUUCCACGUUCAUUCCGCGUUGGCCGAUUUUGACUUGGCGAUCCAAGCCCUCGAUUCCUACAUAGAGAUUGUUACUGCAGCCAAGGAGCGAGCCGAAAAAUCAGCCGAGCUGGGAGAGUUGGAAAGGGAUGAAAUUCUUCUGCAAACUCUCUCCGAGGGCGUCACCUUACUGAGCUGUCUGGGCUCUUUCGACGAAGCAGAAAAAGCGAAGAACUUGACCGGGUUGAUUAAAGAAUACAUCAAAAAGCAGGCCACCAGUCAAGCUAACGACAAAGCGAAUGGAAAACUUCUGCUAACCCAGGACCCUCAUUCUCCGAGCUCUCCAGAAAUUGCCAACACGGUUCUGGCUGCUGCUUACCGCGCAGUAGGUGUAGGACUUGCAAACUGGGCAAGCUACACUCCUCAGAACGAGGCCCGAGAUGAGAUCCGCGGGGAGGCAGUGCAGUAUUUAGUCAAAAGCAUUGCGCCUGAGCUGGGUAAUGAGCUGAGCUAUUCUUCGCUAUAUACGCUCUCUCUUGUUCUUGCCGAAAACCGCGAUUUGGAUGCUGCGAUCAAUUAUGUUAAAACUGCUCUUACUUCGCAUGGUUGUUCCGAUUCCUCUGCGGAACUUUCCAAAGAGCGGGACCUUGUGCCAUUGUGGCAUUUGCUCGCUCUGUUACUCAGUGCAAAGAAUGAAUUCGAUAUCGCCGAGCGUUCAUGCGAAGCAGCAUUCGAGCAGUUCCCUUCAGAAUUGAUUCCAAAAAGUCUUCAUGAGCGACGCUCAGAUAGACGAUCAUCGAGACAGUCAUCUCACUCCAAGGAACGCGGCCCCAAGCGUUCCUUAGUCAGUCGAUUACAAGGUCGGGAGAAGGAGAGGAUCCUUCAAACCCGCAUCACUCAGCUCGCAUUUAUUGAGGUUCUCGAAGGCCCUGAAGCUGCUGUGAACCAAAGUGGUCAGCUACUGGGCCUCUUCGGCACGCUGUUCAGUGAUCUCAACCUUGACAGCGAAGGCACCAAGCCCAAGACUGAACAUCUAGUUCCACCAAAGAGUUCUGCAGGUACCACAAAGAGCUUCCGCAGCAGCAUUUUCAGCCGCAGUCGAAUGUCUCAACUUCCAGAUCGUCGAGCGGAGCCUUCUGUUGCACCACCUGUGCCAUCGAUUCCUAACGCUCACACUGGUAGCACCGAUGCACCGGCCAUCCAGGUCACAGACGAAGAUCAGGGUCAUGAACGCGCCUCUACGCUAGGGAGGACAGACUCGAAGAAACUGAAGAAGCGCAGCAGCAGCUUCCACAGGAAUGAGAGACCUCGAAUCCAAGAGCCUCCGCUACCAAAUGGGACAGACUCACCAGACAUGGUUGGCAUUGCGGUAUCUGGCAACUCUUCUCCAAUAUCAGCAGCUCAUUCACCAACCGGAAAACAGCCGUUGCAACCUGUGGCGCAUAACAUCCAUCAUAAGCAACAACCUGCUCCCGCUGGUCAUGAGAACCAACCACCAGUACAAGAUAUCCGACUCCCAUUCUCCCAUCGGUUUGACUCCCCUACCAAAGCCACUACAAGAUUCUCUUACGCCCAGUCGCAAAAACAUGCUCUUGGCCUGCUAGUCAAGAUUUGGCUUAUCAUUGCCGGUCUCUAUCGCCGAGCCUCUUUGUUCGAUGAUGCCCGCGAGGCCUGCCAGGAGGCUAUGAAACAGAGCGGGCGAGUGGAAACACUGACUGCAUCUUUUGAAUCCUCGGCGCGUGCCUUCACCAAGCGCGGUUGGGACAAUGCCAAGAGCUCAGAGGAGCUUUGGGCUGAUGUUUAUGCUGAACAAGCACUGCUCUCUCAGGCUCAGUCAAAUCCUCACCAGGCCAUUAAGCUGUUUGAGGAUGCGCUCCUGCGGUGUCCCGAUCAUCCAACCGCCACCAUCGGUCUUGCCAAUUUGCUCUUAGAUGUCUGGGACCAGAAGCUCCCGCUUGAACCUUCGAAUGCCGAUGUGGAUCUCGACAUCUCACGUGUGUCAUUAUUGUCGGAAAUGCCGAAGCCGAAUUCAGCAAAGGCGGUCUCCAUUGAGGAACUCAAGGCCCCUGAUGUGGAAAUUCCACCCCCUGCUGAAGUCUCACCGUCUCCCCACGAUGUUGACCCUAAGCACCUUCAUCGUCUAGCGGCUCGAGAUCGCGCAUAUGCUCUCCUAUCCGCAUUGACCAAGCAAGGGAGCUCGUGGGAUAAUUCAGAAGCCUGGUACGCAUUAUCGCGAGCCUAUGAGGCUGGCGAGCAGGUUGACAAGUUGAAGGAUGUUCUCUGGUGGUGCAUUGAGCUUGAGGACCGGCGGCCAAUCCGCCACUGGUCCAAUAUUGGCUCCGGGCUGUAUGUUCUCUGA